GUAAUUUAAAUUAAGCAAACAAUGGAGUGAAAAGGGAAACGGGUAAUUUGUUCUGCAUUUUAAACAAGGUUUCGGUUAGUUUUUGGUAUUGUACUGAGCUUUUUUAAGUGUGCCAAGAUUUCUGAAAAACUUUAAAUAGACAUUUGAAUUUUGGCAAACCACUUCAAUAAAACAGGGAACUAAUGUAGUGGAGAAAAGAACCUGCAGUCUGCCACAUUACUUGUCAACAGUUUCCAUGUCGUCAGCCCCUAAAUGCUAAACCCUGGAACGUGUCUUUGUAGUUAGGGUAACAUGACUCUUGAGACAAGCACUCUUUCAAUCCCAUGCCGAGUUGACUAUAUCCACACGCAUAAUAUUCCAAUUUUUCCUACGGUCAUGAACGCCACAGUACGCCCUCCUUUUUCCUAACAUCCGGGCAACUUCGGCGCAAACCAGUGUGUGGAAAUUGUGGAAGGAGGGCAGAGGAGAGCUGCGGGAAGGCGGAUUGAUGACAGCUGUCACUGUGAACAAAAACACUACCUAUCUUUGAGAGAGAAGCCGAAUGGCUCCCCCCUAAACCUAUGUGAGAAAGAGAACAACGGACUAGCUCUGUAACGUUUACAGGAAGGUGUCGUGGAGACCACUACAUAUAUAUUUUGGCUGUUUACUGAACUACAUCACUGGUGGAGCUACAGUUGCACAGGCAACAUGGGGACACAAGGCUCUGGUAGAAAGCGUGCCCCUAUGAAAGAUCGUUUUUCAGCGGAGGAUGAGGCCUUGAGUAGCAUUGCUCGGGAGGCAGAGGCCAGGCUAGCAGCAAAGAGAGCAGCUCGAGCGGAAGCCAGGGAUAUUCGAAUGAGGGAACUCGAACGACAGCAAAAAGAGCUUUCAUACCACUCUGGUAGCAGCAGAAAAUGGGGUCAGAUCCAUCAGUGGAUGGCUGACACUGAAAAGGCCAGAGGUUCUAGUAGUAGUAGGUCAAGCAGCCGUCAUCGUCGGGGGCUGGAUGAUGAUGUCACAUCAGUCCACAGCUACAGGUCCACUUCAUCAUCAGUGCGUGACUUGGGUUGUAGUAAAAGUCGGUCCAGUUCCCGCAGGAAAGAUGCCUUGUCUGAUGGCCUCUCCACUAGCUCCGCCCUCCGGAGUUCCCGCUCUACUGUAUGUAUUUUGUGUUGGUCAUCCAUUGGUCACUGCUUUUUCCAUUCUUGUACUGCGUUGACUUAUUUACAUGUUUUCACCCGGGCUGAACAGAGUUCUGUGUACAAUGACCUUCAUGGCCUUAAAAGGUCUUCAUCCAGCUCCUCAAAGAAGGACCUGCUGGCUGGUCUAUACCAUGAUCAAAGGAAAUACACCAGCCUGACGAAGACAAAAGCACCACCUCUACCCUCCACCUCCACCUAUCAGCCUCGGGCCACUUCUUCCUCUUCCUCCACCACUGGUACAGGGUUACCUCGCAGCUACAGCGUGGCCUCUAUUUAUGACAAUGCCGGCCUUUACGGCUCGGGCUACAGUUCAAAAGCUCCCUCUGAAUACAGCUGGUACUCCUCUGGAGCCAGCUCUACUCGCACCAGCCCUGCGUCCUCAGAUGAUGACACUGUUAGCAGCGUGUCCCAGGAGCGCUACAGCAGAAGCCGUAGGGACAGCGGGUCAUCAGACUUCUCAGAUAUAAGUGAGUCGGCUGCUGAUUAUUUCAGCCGCUCCAACAGAAGGGGCAGUAUUGUGUCUGAUCUUGAUGAUUUCAGCAUUCCUGAUCUGGACAGUCUGGAUGAGAAAUGUGACAAACAGUAUUCAGAUUACAGUCGGCCAUCAUCGCGAUGUGCCACCCCAGGCUUGUCGGCAGCCACCCUGGCAUCACUGGGGGGCUCCUCAUCACGCCGUGGAAGCACAGACACGGGUAGCGUCUAUGAAGCUGACAGCAGUCUGAGUGAACUGAAGGAUAUCUAUGAACUAAAGGACCAGAUUCAGGAUGUAGAAGGGCGGUACAUGCAAGGGCUUAAAGAGCUGAAGGAGUCACUCGUGGAGGUGGAGGAGAAAUAUAAAAAAGCCAUGGUAUCGAACGCACAGCUGGAUAAUGACAAAGGCAACCUCAUCUAUCAAGUGGACACACUAAAAGAUGUCAUUGAGGAGAUGGAGGAACAAAUGUCAGAGAUGAAGAGGGAACUGGAAGACAAGUCAAAGGAACUAGAACGGCAAAAGCACACAUGUACUGUUCUGCAGCACAAACAAGAAGAGCUGAAAGAGGGAAUCCGCCAAAGAGAUGAGCUUAUAGAGGAAAGCCAGCAAAUGCAGAGUAAGUUAGAUGCCCUGACCAGAGAAGUGUUUGACCUGCAGGAAACUGUAAACUGGAAGGACAAAAAGAUUGGGGCCCUAGAGAGGCAGAAAGAGUACUUUGAUUGCAUUAGGAAUGAGAGAGAUGAGCUCAGGGAUGAGCUCGCUGACAUCAAGGAAAAGGCCAAAGCAGGAGAGAAACAUGGGCUGGUCAUCAUCCCAGACGGUACACCAAAUGGAGAUGUCAACCAUGAGUCUGUGUCCUCAGGAAUCACUGUGGUAUCCCAGGAGGCCGCCCAGGUGCUGGAGUCUGCAGGAGAUGGUCCACUGGAUGUCAGGCUACGGAAGUUAGCAGAGGAGAAAGAUGAACUGCUGGCUCAGAUCAGAAAGCUGAAGAACCAGCUGGAGGAGGAGCGACAGAAACACACCAAGGCCGACAGCACGUUCACAGAUGGAGAGAGGAUGGAGAAUGGUACAGACUUGCAUUUGAUCGAGAUGCAGAGAGAUGCCAACAGACAGAUUAGUGAAUACAAAUUCAAGCUUUCUAAGGCAGAACAGGAAAUGGGUACAAUGGAGCAAAAUAUUAAUAGACUUGAAGGGCAAGUGUCCAGGUACAAGGCAGCAGCUGAUAACUCAGAGAAAAUAGAAGAUGAACUAAAGGCUGAAAAACGGAAACUUCAGAGAGAGCUGCGUACUGCUUUGGAUAAGAUAGAGGAGAUGGAGAUGACCAAUAACCACCUAGUGAAACGCCUGGAGAAAAUGAAGGCCAACAGGAACGCCCUUCUAUCUCAGCAGUGAGACGCAGCAGCACCACAGAAGCCCUUAAACUUGCACCUCAGACCUCUGACUGCCAUACUGCGUCUGGCGCACACUUCCACCUUCAGCUGUAAUACUCUACUAUCUGUAGCUCACCACAAAUACUUAACACAAUACUUGUAGCACAGGCAAAAAAAACACUUUCUGCUCUCUUUAAAAACCAGAAGUGAUGGUUUUUAUCUGGCGAUCCUCUGGAAUUUUGGGAGAAAUAAUGCAAAUUUAAUAAAGUUUUUGGGAGACAAAUAAGGAAUUUACACUACUUAAUUGUCAGAACUGUGUACAUCAUGUUGUUCACAAGAUUUUCUUUCCCUCUGGUCGGGUGCUUUGGCUGUACCUUUUUGUUUAUUAUUUUUCUUUUUUUUUUUAUCAUUAUUUUGAGAAGUUGCAUGAAUGGGUAUUAAGGCGAUGCUUUUAAACAGUCGGACCCUCAAAGCUGCUCCUGCCCUGCGCCUCCUCUACUUCUCCUCACACAGUGAAGUGCCUUUUCACACCAGGAAAUGGGGGAGGGCUGCACCGCUCCAAGGAAAAAUAACAAUAAUAGUUUUAAUAGGUACAGAAUGAUGUAUUUAAAAAGAGGUGCAGUCAGUAUUUGAAAAUAUAGAAAAUCGACUUUGUUGCGGUUUCAUUGACAUUUUUGCAAAUAUUUAAAAGAUUUCUUGGAAAUAAAUGUGUAAUUUACA